AUGUUUCCAAGAUUCGCCUCCAAGAGACUGAUCUCUACUACCGCCAGGGUGUUUCAAGAGAGCGCCUCAAAGGCUCAGUCCGCCAAGGCGGUCCCUGUGAAGAAGCCAUCCUUCAUCAGAAGAGCAGGCAAAAUCGCAUGGAGAACCACAUGGAUCUCUACACUCCUGGCCACUGCCUACGUCUCUUAUCAAAUCUACGAUGAGUCUAACCCAGGUAAGCAACAGCCUCAAGCCGCAACUCUGCCAAACGGUGCACCAAGAAAGACCGUUGUGAUUCUGGGAUCCGGCUGGGGUGCGGUCUCGUUGUUGAAGAGAUUGGACACAACUGUGUAUAACGUUGUGGUUGUCUCUCCAAGAAACUACUUUCUCUUCACUCCGUUGUUGCCAUCUGCUCCAACCGGAACAGUUGAGCUGAGAUCCAUCAUUGAGCCAAUUAGAUCCAUCUGCAGAAGACUCACAGGCGAGGUUGUCUACCACGAGGCGGAGGCCACCGAUGUUGACCCAAAGAAGAAGAUUGUCUCUAUCAAAUCAGCUGAUGGUGAGACUAAUGAAAUCCACUACGAUUAUUUGGUGAUGGCUGUUGGUGCUAAGCCAAACACUUUUGGAAUUCCUGGUGUCUACGAGAAUGCCUCCUUCUUGAAAGAGGUUCCAGAUUCUCAAGAGAUUAGACAGAAGAUCUUGAAGAACAUUGAACUCGCUGCAUCUUUGCCAAAGGAGGACACAGAGAGAAAGAGAUUGCUCUCAUUUGUUGUUGUCGGUGGUGGCCCAACAGGUGUUGAGUUUGCCGGUGAAUUGCAAGAUUUCGUUGACCAGGAUUUGACUAAGUGGUACCCAGGUGUUGCACAAGAUAUCACUGUGACUCUGGUUGAAGGUUUGCCAAACAUCUUGAACAUGUUUGACAAGGAAUUGAUCAAGUAUGCUCAGGACACCUUUGAGGAGGAAAAAAUUGCUUUGAGAUUGAAGACAAUGGUUAAGAAAGUUGAUGGUAAGUUGAUCACAGCAGCUAUCAAGAAGGAUGAUGGUUCAACUGAGAUUGAAGAGAUUCCUUAUGGUGUGUUGGUCUGGGCCACCGGUAACGGUGCUCGUGAUGUCACUGUUAACUUGGCCAAGAAGUUGGAUGGACAAACCUUUGCCAACCGUGGAUUGUUGAUCGAUGAGGAAUACUUGAAAGUUCUUGGAGAUGACUCCAUCUUCGGUAUCGGUGAUUGUACACUGUCCAAGAAAUUCGCACCAACGGCUCAAGUUGCAUACCAAGAAGGUAUCUACCUCGCUAAAUUGUUGAAGAACUUGGCAGCCAUCGAUUCCUUGCGUUAUGACCUUAACAAGUCCACUGAAACUGGUGAAAAGGCAAAGAUUGUUUCCAAGAUUGAUAACUUGGCAAACUUUGCACCUUUCGAGUACGUCCAUUUGGGUGCAUUGGCCUACAUUGGUUCUGAGCGUGCCAUUGCUGAUUUGUCUUGGGGUAACUGGCACAAAUUGUCCCUUGGUGGUUCCUUCACCUUUUUGUUCUGGAAAGUCUCCUACGUUGCAAUGUGCCUCUCUUUCAGAAACAGAUGUCUAGUCGUUAUGGACUGGAUCAAAACUGGUGUUUUCGGAAGAGAUUCAUCCAAGGAGGCCUAA